AGAAAAAAUUCAGAUCAGUUUUUAUAAUCAACAGCUCAAAAACUUGCAAUCCAAAACAUUGAUUAUCGUUUAAUGACAAUUUUGGUGAUAUUUUCAUCAUUCAUUUCUCUCUCUUCAUAAUAUGUUUUGAAAUCACUUCUUUAGUCAAGCAAUUGCAGCACUGAAUUUAAAUUUGUUUAUUUAAUCAGAUUUCAGACACAGUAAAUCCAGAUUUUCAAGUAAGAAAAAGCAAUAAAGAAAAUAAGAAAUUUGAAAACGGUUAAAACUCACCAACUACUUUUUCAUCUCUUUCAUCUUUUUCUCCCUUUUCUCAAUUUCUUUAAUUUUUAAUUUCACAGAGAAAGAAACGAAUUUUCAGUGAUGCAGAUUGAAGUGAAAGAGGAAUAAGGUUGAAUCGGAGAGAGAGAGAGAGAGUCAAUAACCGAAGAAACAGGCAUGGCCACAAAUGCUAAAUCGAGUAAUUUCGCGAAACUGAAGCCCGCUGUUGGAGAUGGGCCGUCUUCUUCAAAACCUAGAUUUGAUCCAUCUGCAUCGAAGAAGAAAUUUAUUGUGGGAUCAAUCAGGAAUUCUGCUGCUGAUUCCAAAAAUAGAUCCAUUUUCAGCGGUAGCUCCAAAAUGACGAAGAAAACAUUCACUCAAACGAAAGAUGAUAAGAAAACCGUGACUAGAACCAGAGAGAAGAAAGUGUAUUCUUUGCCUGGCCAGAAAUUUGAUGUCCCCGAAGAGCGGGAGCCAUUGAGAAUAUUUUACGAAUCAUUAUCCAAGCAGAUUCCUUCAAGUGAAAUGGCUGAAUUUUGGUUGAUGGAACACGGCAUGCUGUCACCUGAGAGAGCGAGGAGAGCUUACGAGAAGAAGCAGAGGAAGCAGAAACAGCUCCGUUCAGGUGCUCCCAUAAAAUCCCCGCCGCCCUCCACAUCAAGUAGACCCGAGAGCUCCAAGAAGCCGCAGCCAGUUCCCAAGAAUGGCGAAGUGAAAGCAAAGAAGCGGAUAAUGGAAGACAGCGAAGAUGAUGAUGAUUUCGUGCUAAGCCACAAGAGGAGAAGAGCUUGAACGAAGCAUAGUCGAAAAAGAAACCAUCUGUUUGUAACAGCUUCAGAUUUCUUGAUUUUACAGACAGGUGAAUGGUUAGAUCUUGGCAGCAAGAGUGGUGGCGGUCGAGCUUUAAAUGCUCGUUGCCACGGAGGCGCUGCAACGUGACCGUGUUAUGGAACAUCUGAGAGGAAGCAAACAGAGAGAUGCAGAAAAAAAGAGUGGAUGCUUAUGAUUCAGGUCAGAAAACACAAAUCUUAAUGUUGUAGUUACAUUUAGCUUUCAUAAAUACCACAUGGCUCUACAUGUGACACAAAUACAGAAGGAAAAGAAAUAUCUAACACUGCUCAAUAAAUACACACACACACAUUGAAACUUAGAUAAUAUUGAAAAAUAUGAUCCAAUGUUGAAACAUGGUCCUAACAUGAAUAUCUUCAAACUUCUUAUGUUAAACAACUGGACCAGUUUGCAUUGGCUGUUAUAGAUUGCUUGUUGCCUGAAUUGGAGAGUGGAGUUUGACAGCUCAUUGAUUAGAGAGAGAGAGAGAGAGGGAGUUACUAGAGUGGAUGGUGAGCAAUAAAUGUGUAGGGGGCCAUCACUGUUUUGGCAAUAGAUGGAAUAGGACAAAACACAGCUUUCUCUUAUGUGGCACACACUCACACACACACACACAACACACACUGAAGGUGAGAUUUUGGCAUGGUGAAAAAGUGAAACAUUUCAUCACAAACCAACAACACUGGGUGAAAAUUUGUCCAUGGCUGGGAGCGAGCUAAUUGUUAAAACAGGACCGUAACUUUCAGUGUUUUCAGAAAACUCACUACUCCCUCCGUUUUUUAUUAAGUGUCCCCAAUCAUCAAAAUAUACAUACCAAUAAAAUAAGAUAUUUUACAUUUGUAACCUUAGUGAUUGUCAUAAUAAAUGCAUAUAUACAACUAAUUAUUACAUUCAUACAAGUAUUAAAUAAGGAUAAAAUAGGAAAAAUGUCAUAAAUACACUCUCAAAUUUUGAAAUGGGACGAGAAACAAAAAAAUGAGCUAAAUGGGACACUUAUAAAAAAACGGAGGGAAUAUAUGUUACCGAAUUUGAAAAUGAGGAUUAUAGCUUCCAUUUUUUACAUUUACACUCCUAUUCCGGGCCAUGAUGGAAGCUAUAGUCCUCAUCUCGAUGUGUUAAAGAGUGUAAAUGUAAAAAAAUGGAAGUAAUAGUCCUUUUUCUGAAAAUACUAAAAUUUACGGUCUUGUUUUAAUAAUUUGCUCCCUGGAAGCUUAUAUCCACCAUACAAGAGCGUGCAAACGAAUCGAGCCGAGUGUACUCAUAAUAUGUUCAUCGAAUCGAGCUUCGAACAAAUUCUACGACCGGCUUCCAUUUCCAUACUUUUUAGGAACACUACAAUGUACAGUGUUUUAUGCUGUAAUUUUUGUCAUAUUUGGGGAAAAUAAAAUUUAUGGGUAUUUAUUAUUAUCCUUGAUUAAUUAAAAUU